AUGGGGCCCAUCUGCUGGCUGCUGGCCUUGCUGGUCCUGCUGCGGCCGCCGGGGGUCCGGCCCGUGGGUCCCGUGCGGGCCUUCGUGGUACCGCACAGCCACAUGGACGUGGGCUGGGUGUACACGGUCCAGGAGAGCAUGCAGGCAUACGCGGCCAACGUGUACACGUCCGUGGUGGAGGAGCUGACCUGCCGGCCGCAGCGACGCUUCAUUGCAGUGGAGCAGGAGUUCUUCCGGCUGUGGUGGAGGGACGUGGCCUCUGAGGAGCAGAAACACCAGGUCCACCAGCUCUUGAACCAGGGCCGCCUGGAGUUCGUCCUGGGAGGCCAGGUCAUGCAUGACGAGGCAGUGACCCACAUUGAGGACCAAAUCCUGCAGCUCACAGAAGGACACGGCUUUCUCUACGAGACCUUCGGCAUCCGGCCACGCUUUUCCUGGCACGUCGACCCCUUUGGAGCAUCUGCCACGACCCCUACGCUGUUUGCUCUGGCUGGAUUUGAUGCCCACCUCAUCUCCCGGAUUGACUAUGACCUGAAGGAGGCCAUGCAGGCUGCUCAGGAGCUUCAGUUCGUGUGGCAAGGGUCCCCAUCACUGGGGGAGCUUCAGGAGAGCUUCACGCACGUCAUGGACCAGUACAGCUACUGCACGCCUGCCCACAUCCCCUUCUCUAACAGGUCUGGAUUUUACUGGAAUGGUGUAGCUGUCUUCCCGGAGCCACCUCCAGAUGGGGUGUACCCCAACAUGAGUGAGCCCGUCACCCCAGCCAACAUUGACCUCUAUGCAGAGACCCUGGCAGCCAACGUGCGGGAGCGGGCUGCCUGGUUCCAGACGCCCCAUGUCCUCUGGCCCUGGGGCUGCGACAAGCAGUUUUUCAACGCUUCAGUCCAGUUCUCCAACAUGGAUGUCGUGCUGGACCGAGUCAACAACCGCUCGGCCGAGCUGGGCAUCUCGGUCCAGUAUGCCACGUUGGCCGACUACUUCAGCGCCCUGCAUGACCUCAACGCCACGUGGGGCUGGCGUGGUCCCCAGGACUUCCUGCCCUACUCCUCGGAGCCCUUUCAGGCCUGGACAGGUUUCUACACGUCUCGCAGCAACCUGAAGGUCCUGGCCCGCCGAGCCAGCGCCCUGCUGCAUGCCGCCGAGUCCAUGUUCACACGCCACAUGUGGCCAGCGCCCCGUGGGCCCCUGGACCCGGCCUGGGCCCUGCAGCAGCUGCAGCAGCUCCGCUGGGCCGUCUCCGAGGUCCAGCAUCACGAUGCCAUCACCGGCACGGAGUCCCCCAAGGUGAGAGACAUGUACGAGGAGCACCUGGCCGCAGGGAUGCUGAGUGUGUGGAAGCUGAUGGCGGCCAUUGUCACGGCCAGGUCUGCGGAGGGGCAGCAGCAGGCCACAACAGCGAACUCCAGCAUGGAUCCUGGUGUCCACACUGCUGUGGUGUACAACCCACUGGCCUGGACUGUCACUACCAUUGUCACCCUGGCUGUUGGCUCCCCACAAGUUAGUGUCACAGACGAGUCAGGCCGUCCCGUUCCUGCACAGGUCCAGAACUCAGGGGUGGCUCCAUCUGCAUUUGAACUGCACUUCUUGGCCACGAUCCCAGGCCUCAGUUACCAACGCUACAGCAUCAGGCCCACCGUGAGGACCUGGGAGGGCGUCCGGGAGCCAGCUGCCACCCUGGCACACACUACCCAGUUUCGCCAGAGGCUAAAGAGACGUGCCAGCCGUGGGGGCAGGCGCCUGGUGUCCGUGGCCAAUGACUGCUACACUGUGCUUCUGGACCAGGACACCAACAUGAUGUACAGCAUCCGAGACAGCUGGAGUAACCGCACCGUGCGUGUAACCCAGGAGUUCCUGGAAUAUCAUGCCAACAGCAAUGUGAAGCAGGGCCCCGUUUCUGACAACUACAUAUUUUCCCCCCACAAGGCAGCUGUGCCUGCCUGGGGAGCUGUGAGCAUGGAGAUCGUGACUGGGAAGCUGCUGACUGAAGUCCGGCAGUACUUCUACAGGGCCCCUGAGGAUCCUGAGCCCCAGUACACCAUCUCCUCCCGCCUGGUACACAUGCCCCCCGAGGGUCCUGAUGGGGAGCUGCUGUGUGGUCGGGUGGAGCAGGAGUACCAGGUGGGCCCCCUGGAGCUGAACCGGGAGAUUGUGCUGAGUACCAUCACUGACCUGGACAGCCAGCAGGUCAUCCACACCGACAACAACGGGUACCAGAUGCAGCGCAGACCCCACCGGGUAUACACCAACAGUAUAGCUCGGAAUUACUACCCCAUGGUCCAGGCGGCCUUCAUCGAGGACGGCCGGAGCAGGCUGACACUGCUGUCGGAGCGGGCCCAUGGCGUCUCUAGCCAGGGCAAUGGGCAAGUGGAGGUCAUGCUGCACCGGCGGCUGUGGAACAAUGCCGAGUGGGACCUGGGCUACAAUCUCACUCUGAAUGACACAUCUGUCGUCCGCCCCACCCUCUGGCUGCUUCUGGGGCCGCCAUCCAUCACGGCCGGCCUGCAUCCCAGGGGCGGGCUGGCUCUGCAGCACAAGCCCGUGGUACUGUUCGGGGCGCUGGCUGGGGCGGCCCCAGGACCCUGGCCGCAGGUGGCUGUGAAGCUGCCCCUGAGCCUUCACCUGCAGACCCUGAGCAUCCCGGGCUGGAACUACAGCUCCAACCACAGCGAGCACCUGCAGAGGCUACGGGCAGGUGAGGCAGGUAAGGUGGACGCUGACCUGGGUCGGGUGAUGCUGCGGCUGUACCACCUGUAUGAGGCCGGGGAGGACCCUGUCUUGUCACAGCCCGUGCUCGUGGACCUGCAGGCUGUGCUGAGUGGCCUGGGGACAGUGGUGGCCGUGGAGGAACGCUCGCUCACAGGGACCUGGGACGUGCGUGAGCUACACCGCUGGACCUGGAAGAGGAGGACCCACCAUCCACACAGAGGUAGGAGCCUCUCCCCUCCAAGGCCACUGGACAGCACCACCAUCACCAUCUUCCCGAAGGAAAUCCGCACAUUCUUCAUUCACUUCAGGAAGCAGUGA